UAAUACAUGUGAAUGAACAUAUAUUAAGUUUGAAAUAAAUUUAUGGUAUUGUCAAUAUGUAAAAGCUACAAGGUGAACAGGACAAAAAAAUAAAUAGCGCAUGCGUAAUGACAACGCAUGCGUAAUGACAGCGCUUAAAAGAGUGUUUAAAAGUGAAGUCAGCACGCAUAUAUUUGCUUUGCGGUGGAACUUUAAAAUGGACAGAAUAAUGCACCGAAAACGAAAAUUGGAUAAUCGUGAGUGAUAAAAAAAGAUGGAUCACCAAAGCGAGAUAGAGAAAAGGAAGUACAGAAACUGGGUGAGGGGUGGACUGGCUUACAAGUAUCUAAAACAAGGCUUAGAAGGUUUUACUGAUGAUGUAGUAAAAAAAGAGUACAGCAGAAUCCUUGCUGCUGUCAUUCACACGCCUGUCACUAACUGCAAUCACUGCUGCCUAAGAAAUUUGCAACCGUUGCAUACCUGUAAAAGAGAUCACACCGGAAAGAAAAUGUGUCCGUAUGGACUGUUGUAUUGUAACUGUUUACAUGGUAAAAAAAAAACGAUGUCCGACUAACAUAUGUGAUGGCAUUAUGGAAGAAAUAUUGAAGAGUCAUGGAUCCUCACCUCCUCAACCGUUUUGGCAAAACACGGACAUACAGAAGUGGUGUUCAGAACCAUGGGAGGUCGCCAAAUGUUACAUUAUUGCUCCUGGGUACUCAGACAAGACAAACGCAGCUGAUAUAGACAUAUCUGGAUUGCUCCAUGUCUUCAUUAACAACAUCAAUCUUCAUUCCCACAUAACAUGCUCGAUGACGGGUACUUCAAACAUCUUUAUCAAGGUCCGUGGCAGAAGAAAUUCUAUCUUUCAUUCGGCAACAAUGGAAAUGGAAGACACAGAGCUAACUGAAUGUGUGGACGAUAUCAUUGCUAUUCUGGAAGACAACACAGAAUUAAAGAUGAGAAAAGAUGCCCAACAAGCGGUCACAAACCUCAAUAAGUUGAAGACAGAUGACUUGAUUAUAACAACCCAGAACGAGAUGGAGGUGUGUCGGGAAGCUUUGUCUACCAUUACACGAAUGGCUGAAGAACUUAAACAAUUAAUCCACGAUACAAAGGAGGACAUCAGUAUGAAACAAGCCGAUGCUUCUAAAGUCAUUGAUGAUGAAAUACAAACAGCAUUAAAAGAUGCUUUGGACCUGUUAUCAAACAACGGUGAAAUUAAAAAUCUUGAAUUGGCAAUGAAGUUGAUAGAUGCGAAAGUUGAUAGACUUGAUUCGGACUAUAAGCAGCGUCUGUCCAAGAUAGAGGAUGACAUAACUGCCUUUAAAGAUAUAGACAAUCAAAAGAAGACAAAGGAAAGACUGGAGUAUUUGGAAAAUAAACAAAAGUUACAAGACGAGCUUGUUAAAUAUUACAAGAAGUAUUAUGUGAAUACAUCACUGACCCCAUUGAAGCAACAACAGGAUAGCAUCAACGUAAAAGAUGUAUAUGUACUUCCUGAGAUAAAAGUCCUUGAAGAAAAAAAAGAUAUUAAUAGAAGAGGACGAGAGACAGCCAGAAAUUCAAAGCCACAUUCUGCGGAAGAAGCGGAAGUAGAACAGGAUAAGGUACUUUAUAGCAGAAAACCAGACGUGGAAACAAAUCAAUUGGAUAAAGUACGAUCUAAGAGAAAAGAAAAUCAAUCUAUGAAUAUUGAUAAAAGUAAGCCAAAGAAGAAUAAUGUUAAAGGAUACCUUGAAGAAAAACAAUAUAUGAAUAGAAGAGGACGAGAGACAGCCAUAAAUUCAAAACCACAUUCUUCGGAAGAAGCGGAAGAAGAACAGGAUAAGAUACUUUAUAGCAGAAAACCAGACGUGGAAACAAAUCAAUUGGAUAACGAUCGAUAUAAGAGAAAAGAAAAUCAAUCUAUGAAUACUGAUAAAAGUAAGCCAGAGAAUAAUACUGUGAAAGAGUACCACGAAAAUUUUCAAGCGAAAGCACAUAAAAAGAUUUAUAUAUUGGGCGAUGUUGGAACAGGAAAAAGCACUUUCUGUAAAAUGAUGAUUGAAAACUGGUGUGACGUCGUAAAAAGUAGCACCAAUGAAUUGAUUCGCUAUGAAAAUGGUCACGACGCAACAAAAACCGCAUCCAGUGAUGUUAAUAGGAAAAGUGAGUACGAUAAUGUCAGUCAGGUAGCACAAUAUGAAUUUCUUUUCUAUAUCCCGUUACAAUAUAUGUCUGCUUUUAAGUCUGACGCAACAGUUGAGAUGAUUAAAGAAAUAACAAGAGACCUCACUUCAAAUACAGAGUUGAUUGACAAAAUAUUUCAAGAAGACUCAAUGCGUUGUCUUAUCAUUGUUGAUAGCUUGGAUGAAUGGACGCCACCUAAAGAAAUUGUGCGUAAACCACAUGUUAGCUACGGGAUACCAAACGGGGACCGAGCUAAAGAUGCAACAGUCAUUACAUUAUCUAGACCAUCAGCAAUAGGCAUUCUUAAUUUGAAAAACUCAGAAGUGGAUCUCAAAUUACAGCUAUUAGGUAUAUCUGGUGAUUCAUUACGAUCAUUCAUCGAAAGGUAUAUUUCUAACACGCAGGUUACCAAUAAAACGUGCGAUGAAUUCAUUCAAAUAAUGAAGGCAAAGCAAAUAGAACAUGUAGAGAACACACCGUUGUUUUUGCAGCAAUUAUUGUGGUUAUAUUGCAAUGGUUUAGACAUAGGGAGAUCCGUAUGUGAAACUUACUGUCAGAUUCUAAAUACAAUGUGUGGUUGGUCAGACCACAGAAAGGACGAACUCGACGAAGAUGCAAGCCUGACUGGACAAAAAGAAGAUAACAAGAAUUUAAACCUAACUAAAAGUUUAAGCAAAUUUCCUAGAAUAAAGAGAAACAUACGCGUUCUUUUUCGUCUAGGAAAACUCGCAUUUGAAGCAUUUACAUCUGACAAUGUACAAGCCACAUUUGGUCUGUCAAUUUUUGAAAAGCAUUUAUCGAAAGAUGAUAUCAAAGAGCUAACAGAUCUCGGUAUCCUAAAUAAAAGUACAUGCUUUGGCCAGAUGUUUGAAGACACACAAUUUUCAUUCAUCCAUAUAUCUUAUAUUGAGUUUUUCGCCGCAUUUUAUGUUGCAAUAUACUAUAGUAUGGAAGAAACCGCCCCUGUUUAUAGAGAAGCUUCGGUUUUAAAUCUGCUGUUUUGUAGAUGCAAAUCAAGUAGUGAUGUGGUACAACUAUCAAAUGUGAUUAAAAUGGUUUGCGGUUUGUCCCCCGAUCUGAUUGGUGAUUUGUCAAAAAGAAUUUCCAGUAUUGUCAAUACGGAUGGACACACUUUACAGCGUAGAAUAAAUAAUGAUACAAGAUAUUACAGUGGUUUAAUCCAGAUCCAAAGGCUAAUGGUAAAUUGUCUAAACGAAUGUGACUCUGACAGGAAAACAAAAAUCAGUCUAAGUGAUCUUUUCAUAGUAGGUGAUGAACCUAUUCCUCCUCUACAAAGAAUUAAACCAGAGUGUGUGAUAUCUCUGUCCAUUGACUUAAGAAAUAAAUUUGGUGAAUACGUCAAAGAUAUUCAGACGUAUGUCACACAAUGCAAACACGUGCAAUACAUGGCUAUAUCUUCCAUCCAAUUCGAAAAACAUGAAAGUUUUCCUCUUUCUUUUUCCGGAAAUGUAUCUUUAAAACUAAUGAAUCUAAUCUUCUUGGAUAACUGUGAUAUAGAUUUCUCUAUGCCGAACCAACUCCAUGCACUUGUUCUGGAUUCUUGUAGCGUUAUAAGUAUUUCUCAUCUCGAUACUGAGCAGCUAAAAAGUAUAUACAUUGAAGAUUGUGCAGGCAUAGACUUUUCUUGCUUUUUAACUGCCCGCAAAUUGACUGAAAUUUACUUACAUUACUGUGUAGAAUGUAUAGAUAUUACACCACUGAGGUCAAUAUUACAACAAGCACUGUUUCUUAGGCAACUGACAUUAGAUUCUGUACAUGAUGAGAUAAGUUAUGAUUAUAUACAUAUUGAUUUGUCUAGACAUCAUCACCUCCAAAAAGUAAAGCUAACAAAUUGUUCAUUUUUAGUAAUAACAGGAUUAAAUACUGAACAACUUGAAGAGGUAUACAUUGAUAAUAAUGAUCUCAUGGAAUUUGUAUUUUAGUGUACCAUUAUUAGA